UUCUCUUGUCUUGUUUGGUUAAUUAAUAGUGUUACAAAACCUAACGUACUUAUAUACUUGAUAAAUAAAACAGUGUAGUGUUACUUUUUAAUGUGUAGUUAAACACUGACGUGGAUAAAAGCCACUAAAGGUUCCGCUCCUCUAUCUGACGAGAGCGGGAACUAUGGACUCGGAGUAUUUAAAAACACACCUAGGGAAAUGUCUGAAAGACGGACUGGCGGAAGUGGCCGAGCAGCGUCCAGUGAACCCCAUCCUGUACCUCGCCCACUGGCUCUACAAGUACAACGAUAAUGUGCAGUACGAGGAGCAGAAAAAGGCUGAUCUGGAACUCCAGAGGGAGGAGCAGGCGAAGGCCAGAGAGGAGGCGUUACACCAGGAGGAGCCAAAAACCAGCGAGGCCUCGGAGGAGUCUAAGAAAAUCUCUGAGCAGGAAUCUUCAGGGUCUGAAACACCCGCACCAGCUUCAACAGGAGCUGCUGAGGAUAACAAACCUGCAACAGAAGAGACACCAAACCCUCCUGAUCAAGAAAUCCAGCAGGAAACAGAGGAACACAAAACAGAAGCUCAGGAUAAUGACGCCAAACCAGAGGUGAAGGAUACGGAUGAAAUAACCGAUCCAGAGUCUCCUGAGGUGAAAGAUUUGGAGGCCAGCAGAUCUUCCCUCUCUGAGGUCAAAGAGGAGUCUGCGGAUGAGCCUGAUGAAAAACCUGAAACAGAGCAGAGGAGCGAUGAAGCAGCAGAAGAGAAAACUGAGGUGGAACCAACUGAGAAUCAAGAAGAUGAGAAAGAAAGGAGUGAGGAGAAAGACGUUGACCAAGAGGACAAGGUGGUUGAUGAAGCUAACACUGAAUCUGAGCAGACAGAAGCUUCACAACCGACUCCCCGCCAAGACGCUGAUGACUCAAAAACAGACAAAACAGAAGAGCAGCACGACAAACAAAGCUCUGGUUCUCCUGAACCUCAACACACUGAGGAGGAUGAGCUGACAACUCAAACUGGAGAGGAGGCGCAGAAACCAGUCACUCCAUCUCCUCAAGACCAAGACAAGGAGACAGACGAUCAACGCAGCAGUGAGGCCGCUGAUAACUCGGCUCCGGCUGACAGCGACGCAGCAGCAGCAGAGGAGAGGGAGAAACCUGUGGCUCCACAAGAGGAAGCUUAAGCCUCUCCUUCUGAUGUGGAAGACAAGCAGGGGAAGGAAGAAGAUAUAAAGCAGCUGUUUGAUGAUCCAAUAUGAAGGUUAAAUAACUCCAGAAUCUGGUGGAUGUAUUGUAUGAAUAUGAAAUAUGUUAGUGUUAACUCUAAAAAUAAACAUUUAUCACACUGUA